AUGGCUAGCAUCAAGGGCCCUGCUCCGGCACCCACCUCGUUCCCCGGCGCCGAGAAUCUCCGGAUUGGUAUCGUCCACGCGCGAUGGAACCAAGAAUGCAUCACCCCUCUCGUCAAGGGCUGCGUUGAGAACAUGACGAAAGCCGGCGUCAAGCCCGAGAACAUCGUCAUCGAGAGCGUUCCGGGCUCGUGGGAGCUUCCCUUUGGUGUUUCUCGUCUCAUCUCUGCCUCGCAAGUGCAGGCUUCCUCCAACGCUUACGACCUCAUGGGCGCCACCUCGCUUCUCGAUGGCAACUCCAAGCCUGCUACACCUACCACCUCGGGAUCGGCAGGCAGGCCCAGCAAGGCUGCGCUCGAUGCAGUUAUCGGUAUUGGUGUCUUGAUCAAGGGCUCGACCAUGCACUUUGAAUACAUUUCCGAAUCCUGCUGCUCUGGGUUAAUGCGCAUUGGAUUGGACACUGGCGUGCCCGUCAUUUUGGGCCUUCUCACCGCCUUGACCGAGGACCAGGCUUUGGAAAGAAGUGGCGUGGGCCGUGGAGCCAACAAGGGUCACAACCACGGUCUCGACUGGGGUUUGGCUGCUGUCGACAUGGCUCUCAAGACCAACAGAUGGGCGGAAGGCAAGCUCGCCUAA